UCGCGAAAUAACUUCACCGCGAGACCGGAAGUGCGCAAUAAGCAUGCAAGGGAAAGCAGCAUGUCAACAACAACAACAUGACGCCAAAUAUUGAUGCUUGUUUGAGCAUUCUUGAGACAAAUCGUUGUUUAGUGCUUAUCCCUUGAGUCAGUGGUGUUUUACUAUGCAGUCUAGACUGGAAACUUUUCGUUCAGACGCAAAUCAAGCCUUGGAGAAAUACUCACAGAGCUGUAGCCCGUUUCAAGAAUUGGAAGUUGGGGAUCAGUGUUUUUCCUUCACUCACAAGUCACUAGAUAGACAGACAAGAUAUGUUUGCUAUGCCUCUGAGGAUUAUCCAGAAAACACAUUCCUAUCCUGCCUAGAUGAACCUUCAAUGAACACGACGUACAAUGUUGGACUUCAUAAUAUCAUGGCUCAGCUUAAUCUAUCACUAGAGGAAGGUGGGGAGAACACAGCGUUACCGUACACAUCCAGUGAGAUGGGCAAUUCUGCAGGAAGCUCUAACGCCUGCUUACAUAGGAUGAUCAGCCAGGACUCUGCAGCAUCAAGCUACGCAGACUGUGUGUCUGACCUCAGCUCCGAGGAAGACUGUGCAGAGUAUUAUCAUGAUCAGGACUACGAUGAUGACUGUGAUGCGAGCUGUGCUAUGCACCCUUUAUUGGAGGAGGAUAUUGAAAACUGUCGACUACUGUACAGCGAUCGCUCAUUGCAGUAUCGGUUAUUCAGGUCCAUAGAUGAUAUUGAUGUGGAAUUACAUAUCCCUUUUUCAUUUCUUCAGGGUGAGGUAGCCAAUGCCUGGGGAGUUACAACCGAUGAACCUUUAGUGAUACGCCUUCACAUGUCAGUCACCAUGUAUCUGGACUCAACAAAUGCCCCCAAACUGGAGGUGUUCCAACCAACGAGACAGGCCAAGUGUGGGGUGGCCAGUCAGAUGAGGGCGAUCAUGGAGACAUUUAUAAACCAGCACUGGAAAUCUCUGACUAAUGAGAAAGUGAAGUCAUUGAGCUCAUCUGUGCACGUGCUUGGCAGACCAAAACACAGCUUCACAAUGUCCGAGAUUGCAGGGGCCAACCCAGCCUCAGGUUGCAUAGAUUACUCCACCAUUGACGAUGCAUCCCUGGCCCACCUAGUUGACAUGGGGUUCUCUAUGGAGGCAUCCAGAAAUGCUCUGAUUAUCACUCGUGGAGAAGUGAGCGAGGCCACAGACCUGCUGCUGAGUAACCCAGACAGGUGUGAAAAUGUAAAUAUUGCAAAUACAUCCAAGAAUGUGAAAGACAAAUCAGUCAACAGGGUUGCGCAGAAUGCUCCUGCUGUUCCGGUUAACAAACCUCCUCCUCUCCCCCCUCGUCAACAGAUGUCUAAUCCAUCAGUGAAGAAGUUUAUGAAGCUGAAGCCCAAGUUUACAAAGCGCCAGUCGAGUAUGGUGAACUCUAACACGGCCCCAGACCUCCAAGCCUCCUUUUCCACCAACUCUCUCUCCACUGAUGCCUUUAGCAGGAAGGAAACCAAAAGUCUUCCAUCAUUAGAACACGGUUUCCUUGUGCAGGUUUAUCAGUAUGCUCGUCAGAGAAUUCCCACAUUAAAUGAAUACUGUGUGGUCUGUGAUGAACCACAUGUCUUCAAGAAUGAUGCCAUGUUGAAGCCAGCCGUCUGUUCACGGGAACUAUGUGUGUUUGCAUAUCAGACUCUGGGAGUCAUGGCAGACGCAGCUGAGGACAUUGCUGCUGGCCCUGAGGUGGUGGACUUACUGAUAGCCAUGGCAACUGCUGCAUGUAGAUCCCCCAGGAAAGACCUCAUCUUUGACCCCUACCCUACUGUGGUGGACCCCAAAAACCCGAAUGAAUUGGCCCUCCAUCCAAAGAAAAAGGAUUUUGUGAGAGUUUCCCAAUCUCUUGAAAACUUCCUAUCCAUGCAUAAGAUGACCCAGUUCCGAGCCACUGAGCUUAAGAGAGAGAUGGAUGCCCGUGACAGCCUCUGUUACCCAUUGUUACAGUGGAUUAUAACCAGUAACAGAUCUCAUAUUGUCAAGAUACCCCUAGAGAGGCAAUUGAGUUUUAUGAAUACCCCCCAUCAGUUCCUGCUGCUGAGUAGCCCACCCGCCAAGGAAGCUGUGUUCAGGGCGGAGAAACUGAAGUUUGGAAGUACUUUUGCAUUCCAUGGAUCACACAUUGAAAACUGGCACUCAAUUCUUAGAAAUGGUUUGAUGAAUGCAUCAGGAACCAAAUUCCAGAUGAACGGUGCGGCCUUUGGGAAGGGGAUUUACCUCAGUCCCACAGCCUGCGUGUCUUUUGGGUACUCAGGAAUGUACAUGGGUCACAAAGCUCUACCUAAGGAUACCAAGAAGAAGGAGGCAGAGGAUGCCCAGUCUAUAGUACCUCAGUAUCCUGCUGUUCAAAGUCGAUUCCUCAAAGGCAAGAAUAUCAACUGUAUAGCGCUAUGUGAAGUGAUCACCAAAGAGUUGAGGAAGAGCGGUGAUGUGUGGGUCUGUCCCAACAGUAAUCAUGUCUGUACCAGAUUCUUCUUUCUGUAUGAGGAUGGACAGGUUGGGAACGCCAAUGUAGACACACAACAGGAACAGUUUAAGAAAGACAUUCUCCUAGCCUGUGGCUAUAAGGCUUGCUAUCUGUCUGGAGGUCAGUAGUACUGAGAGGAUAGGAAAGGAGCACCAACGGUUAUAUGAGGACCAUUGUAGGAUGUGAGGGUUAUUGUAAGACAGAGGAUCAUCAAAGGUUCAUUGCAAGACAUGAGGAUAUUUAUGGGACAUGGGGAUCACUGUAAGACAUGAGGAUCAUUAUAGGACAUGAAGAUCAUUAUAGGACGUGAAGAUUGUUAUAAGAUAUAAGUAUUAUUAUAGGACAUGAGGAUCAUUGCAGGACACAAAGAUCGUUGUACAUGUAAAACAUGAGGCUCAUUAUAUGAUAUGAGGAUUAUUGUAAGACAUGAGGAUCAUUAUAGAACUUGGUGAUGUUUGUAAGACAUCACAAUUGUUGUAAGACAUGAGGAGCAUUAUAAGACAUAUGUAUGUAUGUACAUCUAUGUAUGCUUGGGUUUUAUGUCAUACUUAUCAAUUUUACAGUCCCUGAAAAUUAAUUCAGUGUGUGUCUAUAUAUUGUGGCAGGGCCACCAAAGUGUCACUGCCACUGAAAUAUCAUGACGAGGACACCAGACUUGACACUGAGCCAACCAAUCUUGCUUUCUGGCUCUAAGCCGUCAGUACUGAGUGCUAAGGGAGGCAGCUGCAAGAACCAUUUUGAAAGUCUUUGGUAUGACCUAACUCUGGUUUGAUGCCAUGUCUCCCAACUUCAAGGCAGACACUCUAACCACUAGACCACCAAAACGGUCAUUGUAAUACAAGGAUCAUAAUAAGACAUGAAGAUCAUGACAAGACAUAAAGAUCAUGACAAGACAUAAAGAUCAUGACAAGACGUGAGGAUUACAUGUAUAAUGAAGUAGUAGCUCAAAGAUGUUACAUGUUCAGAUCUUGUACUGUUUUGUGCUUACAACAUAGGCCUAUAUACAUGUACUUAAAGACAAAAGAAGGGUGGAGUACAUCAGCGAGGGUUACAGUAACUUGAGGGUUGUGCAUAUAAGACAUGGGGAUUAUAUGGAAAUUGGCCUGCUUAGUAUGUCCCUCCAGAUGUGAAAGUCUUGUGCUGUUAUAUAUAUACAUGUACUUAAAAGACAUAAAUGGAAGGGAAUACAUGUUACAAGGAUUACUGGAACAUAUAGAUUAUAAGACAUGAACAUUGUAUAACUGAUGUAGUCCAGGGAUAUUCAUGGGAUAUGCAUGUCCAGAUAUGAAAUUCACUUAAUUUUGUCCUUAGUAUGUUUACAUCAGCCAGUGUCACAUUGAUGAGUCACAGUAAAGCUAAGUUUCUGGGAUGGCAGUGACUUCAGUGAAGCUUCAGUAUACAUACGUUGUAUAAGCCGUAACCAAGACAAAACAGAACGAAUACAUCAGCCACAUUGUCUAAUACUGGCAUAUGAAUUUUGAAGUUAGAAGAAAGCAACCCGUGGGGUAGCAUUUUUGAGAACUCCCUUGUAUCGUUAGUUAUUCACACUGUAAUCAUGGUAAAACAGUAUACAUCAGCCACUGUUUAAUACUGUGUUGCAUAAACUACUGCAAAGCAAGAGACUUGAAAUGAUGAUGUUUAAAGUUUCAUUAUAAAGAUCUACAUGUCUACACGUGUAUACUGUAAAUCCUCAAUUUUUCAAUCGCUAAAGCACUUUUUUCAGUGGAAUUUAUAUAUAUUAAUUGUAUUGUAUAUUAUUAUGAUAAUGAUGCCAGAAAUGAUUUGUUGGUGUCCUUAAAGAUACAAACUUUGUAAAACUGUGCAAAGUAUUUCUCUACACCCUAUGGUUCUCUGAGAAUGUUGCAAAAUAUUGGUUGCAGAGGCAAUCAUAAAGGUUGAUGAAUUAUGGUAUUGCAUAAACAGUGACCAGGGGAUUCUUAUGGCAGUUACAGUGCUUGUCUGUCAAUUUCACAAGUGUUAACUUUAUCCACGCCUCACUCAGAGAAAUCCUCCUGAUUCCCCCAUUUUCAUUAUCCUUAUUUUACGUGUCCUCAAGGGGAUGUUUUGCGUGAAGUUCCCAGCUCGUUCUUCAGGUGAAAAUCUACAAAUGAGGCAAAGUUGGUCAUUUACUUGCUAAAUGUUGGUGGUUUACUCCAGCCUUUCCAGUUCCUUUCGACCAUAAAAGCUGGCUGCUGUUUUAUAAGUGAACUUUUCUAAGUUUAACCCCAAUCAAGUAAAUAUUUAUGAACUUGAACCAUUAUCAACAAGAAGAAUGCAUCAUUAUUACAGCGAUGUUAGGAUAAAUUACGAUGGACAUAUAUGGGUGAACACUGUCUAGUACUAACUCUAAACACAAAAUACUUUAGCCUGUUGUUUAAUUCCAGUACAUGCAUUUAGAUGAUUGUGCUAAUAGGAUAGUAGGUGGGUUUCCCUGUGAGCUGUGCCGGUUUCCACCCACCAUAAUGCUGGCCGCCGUUGUAUAAGUGAAAUAUUCUUGAGUACGGCGUAAAACAUCAAUCAAAUAAAUAGAAUAAUAGGAUAGUAGGCGUUUUCACUCUCAUAUGGUUUUAUUGUACAUCAUUAGGUAAACCCACACACCUGAAUAAGUGUAUAAGUUUUAAUCUAUAAUUUAUACGUGUAUAGAAUCUGUCUCUAAGAACAUUCAACUAAUUUGAGCUCAGUGACUUUUUUGUAAAGAUUUUGUU